CUGAUUUUGACUCAACACCACAUUAUUACAGCUACAGUCUACAGUCUACAACCACACCAGUGACCUCAGGACACAGCGGGAGAGCACACCAACAUCUUUCUCUCUUCUCCUCCCUCGCCUUCCUCCUCCCUCCCUCUCGCCCACCUCUCUCGGCGCGAUCGCAAACUUGAACCGAACCGAUCGCGAUCGCGAAAAAGACGACAGACCCAACGCCAGUCCCUCAAAAAGAAAAAGAAAAAGAGAGAAGAAAGAAAAGAAAAUGACACAAACCCACACACACUACGAAAUCCUCAACAUCCCCUUCCCUACCUCCUCCUCGUCCAGCUCUACAACAUUAACAAAACAACAACUCAAAACGGCCUACCACAAAGCUCUUCUCCAGCAUCAUCCUGACAAAACCUCUUCCACCUCCUCUCCCUCAACACCAACCUCAACCACAAUAAACGCAACCACAAACUCCGAUAGGAAACACACAAUAGACGCCAUAACAACAGCCUACAAAACCCUCUCCGACCCACGCCAACGCGCCGAAUACGACACCCGGCUCCGCCUCGAGCGCAACACCCACAGCACCCAAACCAGCGGGCCCGACGCGCACUUCCACACAGGCCUAGAAGUCAUCGACCUAGAAGAUCUCCACUGCGAAGAAACAGACACAGAAACAGUAUGGUAUCGCGGCUGUCGGUGUGGAGAUGAGCGGGGGUUCCUGGUGACGGAGGAGGAUCUGGAGAGGGAGGUGGAGGGAGGAGAGGUUGUUGUUGGGUGUCGGGGUGUAGUCUUUAUUUGAGGGUUUUGUUUGCUGUGGAUGAUUGAUCUUUCUUAUCUUUUUUUGAGUGUGAGUUGGGUGUUUGGCUGGUUGGUUAUUUGGGUGAUAUGGUGUUGAGGCGACGCGGGCGUUGCUUCUACGUGGAUGGUGGGUGGAUUUGUAAAUAGAGGAUUUAGUAUAGACAUUGAAUUAAUAUUAGAC